AUGAAGAGAAAGAGGGAGGGAGAAGGGAGGGCGACGGUAACUGGGACGGGCAGUAGCCAUGAUGGCGGAUCGGAGAGGGGUUACGAAGUGUUCUUAAGUUUCAGAGGGCCCGACACCCGCUUAACCAUGGCUGAUUGUCUCUACAAUGACCUGAUCUGUGCGGGGAUCCGCGUUUUCAAAGACAAUGAAGAGCUCCGAUUUGGGGAAGAGAUUGAAGGUGGCCUCUUGCAAGCGAUCAAUGACUCCAGAAUUUACAUCCUGAUUUUCUCCAAGGACUACGCCUCAAGUAAGUGGUGCCUUCGUGAACUGGCACGCAUAGUGGAGCUAAAGAGAGCUAAUGCUGAGAAAGUGAUCCUCCCUGUAUUUUAUGAUGUGGACGUGGAUGAUGUCAAGCUUAAGACUAAGUUAUAUCGGAAAGCCCUUCGGAAGCACAAGAGCGACUACGGGAAGGAUUUAGUAAAGAAGUGGAAGAAGACUUUAAGAAAGGUUGCUAGAAUUAGAGGAAGGAAGCUAAAAGAUCACGGGUAUUAUUUGCUUCUCCAUUGA